UUGUUGUAAGGAGAGCGUUUCGUUCUAACACUUCGGCUUGGAUGGUUUGUAGUACCGUGCUGUUUGCAGGAUGCCCAAGGCGUUGGUGCCAGAUGUCGUCGGAAGCGCGAUGGCCGCGCGAGCGUUGGUACAUGUCGGUGUUGGAGAAGAACGCGACGACCGUGGCGGGACUUCGGCAGACUUCUCGUGUGAUGGGGAUAAGUUGAUCUGCUUCGGUUGGCGGUCCUCGGAUCGCCGGUCGUGGUAUUCGGCUGGGUCCUGCUGCUGCUACUGCAGGUAUGGUGUUGGAGUACCAGAAUCCAUCUGGGGUGAAGUCGGGGUCAAGAUCUGGCGGGUGCGUCGAGGCUGCGAACGACACGAUGCCAUCGCUGUCGGCAGUACCGCGGUCGGGGACGAAGUCCAACAUGAAGACACCGGACUUCAGAUGAGCACGACCGGUGAAGAGGCCGCCCUUCCCGUGGUAAAGGCGAAACUCGUUGAGUCCGAGUCGCACUCCAAGUGAAUCCCUUUUGCCAUUAGCUGGCUGACGCUUAGCAGAUUGUAUCCCAAGUUGU